AUGGAGUGGCUAUCCUGGUUGUACUGGCUCUUAGUUAUAUUAUUCUUCGCCUACUCGUUCUACCUUCUACACAUCCCAUUGCCACUCGACAUCUCCGACCGGUCGAAAUUAGUGGUUGCCGAGUUUUUAUUGAGAUUGUCGAAUGAGUACUUGGGUGACUUGGUCGAAAAUGUGUUUGGACCGGAGGUUAGGAAUAAAGUUACACGAUUCAUCAUGGGGGUUGGGUUCCUAGUGCCGAUGGGACCGCCAAAAGGGGUGACCAAAAAACGAACCAGAAUCCAAGGAGUUAGUUGCAUUACUUACAAAGUCGAGGAAUCGAAAAACGAUGGUCUUCUCAUUUUCAUUCAUGGAGGUGGAUGGUGUGUUGGUGAAGCAAGAUACUAUGACGGAAUAAUGUAUCAACUUUGCCGCAGAAUCGGUUGCCACGGAGUCUCCAUUGACUAUCGUCUUGCUCCAGAACACCCAUUCCCUGCUGGACUCAACGAUUGUUAUGCAGUUGUAUCGGAACUCUGUGAAAAUGGAUUGCCGGACCUCCCGUUCAACAAAAAGAAAGUUUUGAUUUCUGGAGAUAGUGCUGGCGGAAACCUGGCGGCAGUUGUGUGUCAACGAUUACAUCGAGAAAACCGGGACGUUCUUAGGGGUCAGAUACUGAUCUAUCCGGUCACACAUGUUUUCAAUUUCACAUGUCCGUCAUACCAGGAUUAUUGGAAGUCCUAUGCGGGAACAGCUCUCUUGAACCCAAAACAUAUGGCAAGGUGGAUGCUUUUGUAUUUGGGAAUGGAUGCAACUAAAAGUAACAUUAAGAAGGUUAUGAAUUCACAGCAUGUGCUACCUGAGCUUUCCGAGCAAAAGCAGUACUCCGAGUGGUUGUACCACUUAAAUGAAAGAAAACGGGAUAAACCAGUGGACCGAGAGUUGGCAGAGCAGUUCUUCAAACUUGGAACAAAUCCAGAUGUGUCUCCAAUGUUCGGAGAUACGAAAGGUCUUCCGCCAGCAUUGGUAUUAACUGCUGGUUACGACAUUCUUCAAGACGAAGGAGUCCAGUAUGCCAAUAAACUUAAACAAUCAGGCGUUCGCACAAUUUGGCAGCAUUUCCCCCGUGCAUUCCAUGGUCUUUUCAAUAUGCCAAACAGUGAAGAUCGUGUAGAUAUGAUGCAAGCUGUUGUUGAUUUUGCUAACGUUACACUGUAG